AUGGCCGAAAUGAAGGCCUCAAUUAACGCUUUAGUCGCAAGUACUCCAUCACAAGUAUCGGCAAGAGAAUCCAAUGUACAGGCAACGCUUCAAGCUCCGCUACCAUCAACCAGUUUGAACCAAAGAGCGAUUGUACCAGCUCAACAACCCGGAGAUUUUUCUAUUUUCAUGAAAAGACAAGCUCUAACUCCCUUGCCGAAAUUCAGCGGGUCACCGAAGGAUUGGCCGAAGUUUAAGAGGAUCUAUGAGGUCAGCACCAGAGAAUGUGCGUUUUCGAACCACGAAAACCUCACUAGAUUAGAGGCCGCCCUGGAAGGACGAGCGGCUAGAAGUAUUCAGCAGUUAAUUAUAAACUCUGAAAAUGUGCCCAGUAUAAUUGAGAGACUGGAAGAGAACUUCGGGAAUCCAAAAUUUAUUUACGAGGAAUUAUUAAAUGAUCUCCAACGAUUAAAAAAGGAAAGUCGCUCGAUAGUAGUGGAAAUGUCAGACGCAUUGGAGAAUAUGGUAACAAAUAUGACAAUAAUUAAUCAAGAAGGUUACCUACUCGAUGCCAGGCUAAUAGAAGAUUUGGUGAGGAAACUCCCAUAUAACUUGCAGAUUGAGUGGACACGCCAUAGAAUGAUGACUGGCGGUACCCCAUCGUUAAGCCAAAUGAGUGAUUGGCUAAAACCUCAUGCUCGAAUAAUGAGGAACAUGACUUCUUCAAUACCGACUACGGCUAGAAGCCACACACACGUUCAUCAGGAGAACAGAAUCACACAAUCAAAUCAACGUAAAUGUGAAGCAUGUCAGGGAAACCACAAACUCCUCGAAUGCACAAGAUUCAAGGCUAUGAAGCCAAAUAGGAGAAACGAAUUGGCCUUAAAGGCAAAGGUAUGCUUGAGCUGUCUCGCAUUUACAAACCACAUAAUGCGAGACUGCAAAAAGGCAAAAAGAUGUGGAAUCAAUGGAUGUAACUAUAAACAUCAUCCAUUGAUUCAUAAAUCUCAUGAGAGAAAUUCAAAUGGUCCAACCGAAUCAGAAGGACGAAGUAGUCCAGAUAUACAAGAGGGUGAGAUACACAAUCACCAACAAACAACAAAAUCCAACGUGUUCUACCAAAUAGUUCCUGUGACGCUGAAAAAUAAUGGUAAAAUCAUCAACGCGUUCGCUUUCUUGGAUGCGGGGUCAUCACUCUCUCUAAUAGAUGAGGAGCUUGCGAACAAGUUAGGGCUCAACGGAAGAAUUGAUCCGUUAACGCUAAAAUGGACGCAGAACGUCACGAGAAAUGAACAAAACAGCCGUAGAGUUCAGGUGCGAAUCAACGGCGUAAACACCAAAGAAUUCGUCAUGAAAGGAGUGAGAACGUUGAGCAGCUACAACAGUAUACGCCCAACAAUAUUGAUUGGACUGAGUCACAGUCACUUGUUGAUUCCAUUCGAAAGGCGAAUGAGGAAACCGAACGAGCCCGCAGCGCUACGAACCAAACUUGGAUGGUUCAUGUUCGGCAACAUAUCGUCCAACGCGCAAGGCGGACACAUCAUGGUCAUUCAGCAAGAAGAAGACAUGAACGAGGCUUUGCAGAAAUAUUUCUCCACCGAAGACUUCGGUGUGAAAUUAGUCAAGAAUCUACCAAAAUCAGCGGAAGAAGAAAAGGCUGAUGAAAUUUUAAAAAGUACUAUGAAAUACAAAGAUGGUAGAUACGAAGUUGGACUGCUAUGGAAAGAUGAGGAAACGAAAUUUCCAAAUAGCUACAACAAUGCAGCAAAAAGGCUGACAACAAUUGAAAAGAUGUUGAAGAAGGACCCAGAGUUGAAAAAAUGGGCAACAGAAACAUUUGCGGAUUACGAGAAGAAAGGCUACAUCCGCAAACUGACAGAGGAUGAAAUCAUGAAGCCGGUACCAAGAGUAUAUUACCUUCCACACUUCAUUGUGCACAACAAAAACAAAAUGCCACCUAAGCCAAGGUUGGUUUUUGAUGCGGCGGCAAAGAUACAAGGUGUAUCAUUCAACACGGAGCUGUUAUCAGGGCCGGAUGCUACUACGUCACUGUUCGGCGUUUUAGUAAGAUUCCGAGAAGGAGCAAUUGCUGUCUGUGGAGACAUCAAAGAGAUGUUCCAUCAAGUACGAAUCCGAGCGGAAGAUCAACACGCUCAGAGAUUCUUGUGGAGAAAUUGUGACAGCAGCAAGAAACCUGAUGUUUACGUUAUGCAGGUGAUGACAUUUGGAUCAACCUGUUCACCGUCAUGCGCACAAGCGGUAAAAAACUACAACGCUGAAAAAUUCAGGAAAUAUUGUCCAGUGGCGACUGACGCAAUCAUAAAGCAGCAUUAUGUUGAUGAUUAUCUGGAUAGUUUUGAUGGGCUCGAUAAGGCAGCAGAGAUAGUACUUCAUGUUAUGAAAAUUCACGAUCACGCAGGUUUCCACAUCAGGAACUUUGUGUCGAACCGCAGAGAACUUCUUCAAAGCCUACCCUCGGAACGUGUACAAUCAUCUGAAGUCAAAAUGUUUGAGGAAAAAGAUCCUAUUACUGAAAAGGUUCUUGGUGUAUAUUGGAACACCACGUCUGACACACUCGGCUAUCAAAUCAAACUAGAUAAGCUUGGAAGUGAUGUCACACAAAUGACACGUUUACCGACCAAGAGAGAGGUACUAGCUUUUGUGAUGAGUGUCUACGAUCCACUGGGACUCAUCUCGAAUAUAACUGUUCAUGGAAGAAUCCUCAUGCAAAGGCUGCACAUAGAAAAUAUAGAUUGGGAUGACGAAAUUCCCGAGAAGUUGCAGUCAGACUGGCAACACUGGUUAGAAAUUAUUAAAUCUGCUGAGAGCAUAACGAUACCGAGAUACAUUUUUGAAGAAAGAACUGAUGAAGUAGAAUUACACACCUUUGUGGAUGCUUCUGAGCAAGCAUUUUGUGCAUGUGUAUAUGUAAGAAGUGUAUCUGGAAACACAGCACAUGUAAGACUUCUAUCAGCGAAGUCUAGAGUAGCACCAGUCAAGCCGUUGAGCAUACCACGGUUAGAGCUACAAGCGGCCGUGUUAGGAAGCCGAUUAACCAAAACGAUAAUAGAGGAAACAAGACUAAAGGUCGUUAGCAAAACAUUUUGGAGCGAUUCGCAAACUGUGCUCUCGUGGAUCAAAAGCCCGAAACGAAGAAAUACAUUUGUAAUGCAUCGAGUAGGUGAAAUCCUGGAAGAUAACAGGAAAAAUGAAUGGCGAUGGGUACCAACCGAAGUAAACCCAGCCGAUGAAGGCACAAAAGAAAGGCUAGGAAAAUCACAAUGGUUUGAAGGAAAAUCACAAUGGUUUGAUUUCCUAAAGCUCCCAGAAUCGUUAUGGCCUUCUACAGAAGAGAAGGAAACAGACGAAGAAUUGAGAGAAACUGUGCUAGUUCACGAAGAACUAAGCAAAUUGAGUUUCAUCGACAAGUACAAGGAGUACUCAGAUUGGUGGAGGUUGGUGAAGAACCUUUGUGUAUUAAACAGAACAAAGGAAAGAUUACGUCGUGGGUACAUUCCAUAUAUCGAGUACAAAGAUUAUCAGAGAGCUGAGAACGUGCUCUAUAGAAAGAUGCAAUGGGAAGCAUUUCCGAUGGAAAUGGAAACAUUAUUUAAUGGCGAAACAAUAGCGUCAGGACCAUUGGUCAGUUACGCACCUUUCCUGGACGAGGCAGGGGUAAUGAGAAGUGGGGACGUUUGA